AUGGCAUCAGCGCUGUUCUUCCUGGACCUGAAGGGCAAGACCCUUCUGGCCCGCAACUAUCGCGGGGACAUCCCUAUGUCCGCUGUCGAGAAAUUCCCCAUCCUGCUCAGCGAUGCUGAAGAAGAGAGCUCGGCCGUAGCUCCGUGCUUCUCGCACGAGGGCGUUAACUAUCUCUACAUCCGCCACAGUAACUUAUACAUCCUCGCCUUGACAAAAAGCAAUUCAAAUGCCACCGAGAUCCUUCUUUUCCUCCACAAGCUUGUGGAGGUGUUCACAGAAUAUUUCAAGGUUCUGGAGGAGGAGAGUAUUCGGGAUAACUUUGUUGUCAUUUACGAAUUACUGGAUGAGAUGAUGGACUUUGGAUAUCCCCAGACCACUGAGAGCAAGAUCUUGCAAGAAUACAUCACCCAAGAAUCACACAAACUGGAAGUCCAAGCACAGCCACGGCCGCCAAUUGCCGUAACAAAUGCUGUGUCCUGGCGUAGCGAAGGUAUUCGCUAUCGCAAAAACGAGGUGUUCCUGGAUGUGGUCGAGUCGCUCAACCUGCUGGUCUCGGCGAGCGGAAAUGUCCUGCGAUCCGAAAUUCUAGGUGCUGUUAAGAUGAAGUGUUACUUGAGUGGAAUGCCUGAACUGCGGUUGGGUUUGAAUGAUAAGGCGAUGUUCGAGUCCACGGGCCGAGCUACGCGAGGAAAGGCUGUCGAGAUGGAGGAUGUGAAGUUCCACCAGUGCGUGCGACUUUCGCGCUUCGAGAAUGACCGAACGAUCAGCUUCAUCCCGCCUGAUGGUGAAUUCGAGCUUAUGAGCUACCGGCUGAACACGCAGGUGAAGCCGUUGAUCUGGGUGGAGUGUUUAGUGGAGUCGCACUCCGGAUCGCGGAUUGAGUACAUGCUCAAGGCUAGGGCACAAUUCAAGCGCCGCAGCACAGCCAACAACGUCGAGAUCCUCGUCCCCGUCCCUGAGGACGCGGACUCGCCUCGAUUCCGCACGAAUAUCGGCACCGUGCACUAUGCACCGGAGAAGUCCGCUAUUAUCUGGAAGAUCAAGCAGUUUGGUGGUGGCAAAGAGUUCCUCAUGCGGGCGGAGCUUGGUCUGCCAUCCGUGAAGGGCGAUGACGAGCGCGGCGGUGGUAUGACCGGUGGCUUCGGCGGAAGCAUGGGCGGUGCCGGCGCACUGGGCAAGGCCAAGCGGCCCAUCAACGUCAAGUUCGAGAUCCCCUACUUCACCACCAGUGGUAUCCAAGUGCGAUACUUGAAGAUCACCGAGCCGAAGCUCCAAUAUCCUUCUCUCCCCUGGGUGCGCUAUAUCACACAAUCAGGCGAUAUCGCUGUACGCAUGCCCGAGAUACAAUAA